UAACUGCCGCAAUCGCAAAUCAUCUAGCACACAAAUUAAAUCACAAAUCCAUCAUUAGUUAAUUAAUUAUAACACACAAGAAUGCAAGAGACGCGUCCAGAUGAGGAGGAGGAGGUGAUCAUCCUCGCCGCGACCCAGCCCAAGCGACGCGCCGGAAGGAAGAAAUUCAAGGAGACGCGGCACCCGGUGUACCGCGGCGUCCGCCUCAGGAACUCCAACAAGUGGGUGUGCGAGCUUCGGGAGCCUCGCCACCAGAAGCGCGUCUGGCUCGGCACCUACCCCACGCCGGAGAUGGCAGCCAGAGCCCACGACCUCGCCGCAUUGGCCCUCCGGGGCUCCGCCGCCUGCCUCAACUUCGCCGACUCCGUCUGGCGCCUUCACGUCCCCCUCUCCAAGGACGCCAAGGACCUCCGGAAGGCUGCCGCCGCCGCCGCUGAGGCGUUCCGGCCGCAGGAAGCUUUUGCGGAGAAGGACGAGACGGAGUUCUCGGGGAUAUGCGAGCUGUCGGACGUAGCGGGACUGGCGGAAGCCGUUCUGAUGUCGCCGCCGCCGUUGUUGGGGUGGCGAUUCAGCUGGGAUGAGGUGGAGAUAGAUGCUCAGGUGGACUUGGAGUUGUGGAGUUAUUAAAUAAUUACGAGUAUAUGAGUUUUAGUUUUGAGUUAAUAAUCCAUUUGUUUAUAUUUAGUGUGGUAACUAAUUAUAAAUGUCCAUUUCUGUAUUUUUCUUUUAUAAAUGAAAACAAAUGUAAAGAUCUCUUGUUA